ACUGUCUGUCUCGUUAGUCGAGUAGAAUAAUACGUUAAAACUUUGAUUUUUAAAGUAGAAAAAAAAAAUUACAUCUGCCAUAAACUUUUAGCUUGUAGGAGAUGUGAAACAACUUUAAACCUGGAGAGGUUGGUUUUGGUCCUGGAACUAAAACUAAAACCGGGUUGUGAUGAUUCACUUUUCAGUAAAGUUCGUUGGACACCGUUAGCUGUUAGAUAAAAGACAAACUGAAGGUGGCAACUGCGAGAUAAUUUUUAAACGCCUAACGUUAGCGUUAGUAGUUCGCUUCAACUUUUAAAUCUAUUAAAAUCUGCCCUUACAUGCAAUAAUGAAGGAGAUAAUGAAGUGUGUGAGCCACCAGCAGGCCAGCCAGCUGCUCCAUAACAAGUUCAUUGUAGUGCUGGGAGACUCCAUUCAGCGGUCUGUGUAUAAGGACCUUGUUCAGCUGCUGCAGAAGGAGAAAUAUCUCACUUCAAGACAACUCAAGAGCAAGGGUGAAAUGAGCUUUGAACAGGACUGCCUGGUGGAAGGGGGUUGUCUAAGUCAAAUGAACAAUGGCACGGAGUAUCGGGAGGUUCGGCAGUUUCAAUCUGAUCACCACCUGGUCCGCUUCUACUUUGUGACGCGCAUCUACUCCCGCUACAUGCAGAGCAUUCUGGAAGACUUCCGCCACGGCUUGAAACCUGAUGUGAUCAUUAUCAACUCCUGCGUUUGGGACAUUUCAAGAUACUAUUCCAAAUGGAUUGAUGAUUACAAGGAGAACCUACAUAAGUUCUUUGAUGAGCUGAGGGGGAUUGUGCUUGAGGAAACGCUGGUCGUAUGGAACCUCACCAUGCCCUUAGGAGAGAGGCUCAGAGGUGGUUUCCUAGUACCUGAGAUUGAGCAUAAGGCUCCACAGCUGCGCCACGAUGUAAUUGAAGCCAACUUCUACAGCGGGACUCUGGCCGACGCCUACGGGAUGGAUGUGUUGGACCUCCACUUCCAGUUCCGCUUCUCCCUGCACCAUCGUACCACUGACGGAGUCCACUGGAACGCCAUUGCCCACCGCAGGAUAACCUCUCUGCUGUUACAGCACACUUCACAGGCCUGGGGUGUCGUCAUGUCCUGCCCACUGACUGCAGUUGAGCAUACUGAGGUUACUAAUAAGCAGCCAGCCCAUGGAAAGGCUACUAAACCUGCAGAGCACCACCCAUCAAAGGCAAAUUACAACGGCUACAAGGAGGAGUUCUUCAGCGAUUCCCUCCCUUCUGGCUACUUAAACUUUGAGGAGAACAACGUGCAGCCACGGAGAAAUCGCCUACCGGUCCACAGACGUCAGCAUAAACAUGGACAGGCCAGAGAUGCUUUCCACUACAGGCCUCCCCACCACUUUCAGCCCUACGAGCACCAUCAUCAGUACGUCAUGAGGAACCGGCACAACAGACACCACUAUGCUCCAUACAUGCAUCACAGACCCAAUCAGUACCCCCCUUAUGGCCACUACUACUGAGGCAGUAGCAGCCAGACCAGUUCAUAUUCCACUUGGUGUAAAGUACUCCAGUCUCUUGCCAUAUCUGCAGUACAUUGUUGUUUUCAGAUUCCUGUGUGUUCUAACACUUCACUAUACAACAGGCUUGUAACCAGGAGGUAGCAUUACUCCCCAAACUGCUUAGUUCACGCUCAGAUUUUAUUUAAUUCAGUGAAUGUCCUCCGACACACACUGGUGCCUUUUCUUGUUAUUGUACUCUUACUUGUUUAGAAAUUUAAAUUUGAGUUAGAUUUUAAUUAUUUCAUUUCAAACUCUUUUUAAUUCUGCACAUCAAAUGUCAGGUGCUAUGUUCUAAUAAAGUUGAUAAGAUUUAAGAAGACUUGAAUCUUCUAAAUGAAUGGCCCUUCUGAUGUCAUGUCCCACACAGCUCAUUGUAGUCACUUAUUUCCACAUGAGAUAUGUAACCAUAGAAAGUGGUAGAGACUGUGGAUCAGUUUGCGUAAGCCAGAAACAUUGAACAUCCACUGAACCAGAUUGUCUAAUACCUGCUUUGGCUCUGCAUCUUCAGAGGCAUUGUUCCUAACGUAGCUUUACCAAGCUCAAAUUACUGAUGUUGGAGGGGAAAAACUUAAAUUAAAUAAAAUGGAGUCUGUAACAGA